UGUAGUGGAUAAUAAAAAAAGAAGAAAAAAAAAUCACAAAUUUGCUUCCUAAUCUUCCCCAAUUUAAGUGUAGUGUAAAACCCUAUUUCAGCCAAUUCACAAAUUUCUAAAAGUAUUUAAGGUAAUGGAUCGAGAAUCAUUGGAGAAACGACCUGCGAUCUUCGUAGUCGGAUCCGCCAACGUCGGUAAACGGACAUUACUCUCAAGACUACUUACGGUGGAUUUUGAUGAUGACUCAGAUGCAUCACUUGAGUUAUCCGUCAGUGGGUGGACGAUCAACACUAAGUAUUACACAGCAGAUGUUGCAGUAUGGAUAGCUAAUCUUUCUGAUGAGCUAUCUAUUGCAAGCUUUCCUGAUGUGAAUCGGAUAGUUGCAUUGGUUAUGGUGUUUGACACCAGUGACCUCACGACACUAGUUGCUCUAAAAGAAUGGGUUUCACGCACUGACAUCCAGAAGUUUGAAAUAUUGCUGUGCAUUGGUAACAAGGUGGAUCUUCUUCCUGGACAUCCAUCACAUGUAGAGUACAAGAGACGCUUGAUGAAGCUUGGUGAAUCCUCUGUCAAUUCUCAUCUGGACUUCUCUGAUUAUGGUAUAUCUGAGACUGAAGGAAGUAGUUUAUUGGGAAAUGAAGAACCAUCCUUAGGAUUUAAGAGAUCUUGCAUAGAGUGGUGUCUGGAACACAAUAUUGAAUAUGUUGAAGCUUGUGCAUCGAAUGCUGAUUUUGACCAAUGUCUCUCUAUUGAUGGUGAUUCACAGGGUGUUGAUAGACUUUAUGGUGCUCUCUCUGCUCAUAUGUGGCCUGGAAUGUUGUUGAAAUCUGGUGACAGGAUAAACGAGCCUUCAUUGCCUGAGCAAGAAGAUUUGUCCGAAGAAGAAGAAUCUGAUUAUGAACCUGAAUAUGAAGUAUUAUCUUCUGCUUCAGCAGAACCAUGGGAUGAUAUAGGAUGGAUGUCUGCAGAUGGUCCCAUUUCAACCUCGGGAAGUGGGAUGCCUAUGGAAAAGGUUACGGAAAUUUCAGGUAGAGAAAGUGAAGAUAAAUCUAUCAGAGAAGAGAACCAGCCAUCAACAUCAGCCUCUCAGUUGCCGAAAGAGCUUGACCAUGAGAAGGCAUUUGAAGCAGACCCAACAUCAGAGCUUAAUGAUGAUAAAACUUAUGAAUUUGAAGAUCUGGAAAUGCUAAUGGCUGAAAUUGGUAAUGUGCGCAAUGGCUUGAGGUUGAUGCCUGAUUUCCAGAGGAGGGAAAUGGCUGCAAAGCUGGCAAUGAAAAUGGCUGUAAUGUUUGGAGACAGUAGUGGUGGUGAGGAGGAGGAGGAGUUGGAGUGAAAGGAAUAUAGCAAUAGCGCUGUGAUUUGGAUCCUGGAGUGUGACUGUCACUGUAAAAGGAAAUAUUAGUACCAGCUUGAGAAUGUAUUUGAAGAGAAUCAGGUUAACAGGGGUUGAUGAGUUUGCUUAAUAUGCGAAAAUGGUUGGUAACAAAUGAUGCACAUUUCUGUGUCCCAUUUUGACAAUUGCAUUUUUCUUGUGUUAGCUAAGCUUUUUUCUCCUUUUUCAAUCGUAUUUGUUUAAUUUGUAGUAAUCCCACUUGGGUGUAUAUGCAAUAAUCGAAGUCCCAUGAUUUGUUUACGUA